AUGGUCUCCUUGGGCUGGAGAGCACUGAUUAGGGUCUACUGGCUAGCCAGUGAGCCCCGGGGAUCCUCUUGUGGAAAAGGUUGGUCGGGCCGGGAAGGUGGCAAAAAGAAGCCCCUGAAACAGCCCAAGAAGCAGGCCAAGGAAAUGGACGAGGAAGAUAAGGCUUUCAAGCAGAAACAAAAAGAGGAGCAGAAGAAACUCGAGGAGCUAAAAGCCAAGGCCGCGGGGAAGGGACCCCUGGCCACAGGUGGAAUUAAGAAAUCUGGCAAAAAGUAAGCUGUUCCUCAUAUCUGAGAUGAUGGUGACCCUCUUCCAUUCCUAUUUAAACAUCUGGAUUCCCUGCCAUAACAUCUUUGCCAUCUACAGCUAGAAUGAAAUGUUAUCCUGGAGCCUGUUAAACAUCUGGAUCCCCUACUAUAACAUCAUUGCCACCUAUAGUUAAAAUGAAGUGUUAUCCUGGAGCCUGUUGUACAUUGUAAUAAACUUUUGUAA